CUCAUUUCCAUUUCAUCAUUCUUAUUCUUAUUCCUUCCUCUUUAAAUCCAUCCUUCUUCCUUCCUCUUCCUUACCCUCUUACCUCCCUUUCUCUCUCUCUUUCUCCCUUGCUCCCUUUUAUCAUCUCUUCCUCUCGUUCUCCCUUACUUCUCAGAGAUUCAAUGUCGGGACGCAACCGCCAUGACAACCUCACCCGACAUCACCUAGUUAACGACCACUCUGCAUCCCGUGACGCCCAUGCGCACGCGCCCUUUCGACCCCAGCGCGCAAAGCGACCCAUUCCAGACUCAGUAGGGGUGAAUUCACUUGGUUCGUCAGUCUCUCAACUCUCUUUGCUCGAUAACCACUCAAUGACUUCUGUCAUCGCCUCGUCUUCUUUGCCAUCCUCUCCAUCUACUGUCUCUCUUGCGAGCAGCUUUGUCGAUGCACGUCAGCUUGACUCAGGUGUUGAUUUGCAGGAACCACCCAGACCUGUCAACAGGAGAUCGAACAGAGACUUUCGAAUCAUUCCUGCGACCGAGAUCGAGGUCAUGAAUGAGUCUUCUUUGCAGGACAGCAUUCGACAUAGUCAAGCACUUCACAGGAGCCUAUCCCAGAAAUCAUUUCAAAACAAUAAAGACCAAAAAGACCAAACACACAAACAGGGCAACGAAAUCAAAAAGAGCCUCGACUUUUUGAAGAGCAGUAACUUCCAUGACACUUACGAGGACGAAGGAGACAGCUAUUUUGGUGAUAUUCUGGACAAGUAUUGUUACUCGGAUGAAGAUCCUGUCUCAUCACUAUCUGCCUCACCCGCAUCAUCCUUGUCCUCAGCACCUGGAUCAAGGAUCUUUGAAUCCAUACAGCCACCUACACCACCGGACCUGCGCCCAAAUAAACAGCGGGAAAAAGACACUAUUACGACUACUUUGAAAAACAAUCAAUUACAUCCAGAGACACCUGCCUACAACCAAUAUGAGCGCAACCGGAACAACAGCUUCUCAGGACUCUCCUUGACUUCUCCCACAAGCGCCGUCUCUACGAAACUCAGCACAUAUCAACGAUCUGCCAUUGCGAGUGAUAGUCGCGACUCUCUCACCAUGACCGACUCGUCUUCUUCACCCUCUUCACGAGCCUAUACUAGGAAGGCUCCUCCUCCUCCUCCAAAAGAUGAUAUGGCAGCGCCUUGUUCAUCGGCACUUAAGCAGGCUUCAGUGUCAACCGUUCCACCAAGGACCACAUCAUCGUCAUCUUCAGGUCUGUCUCCUUUCCAUCCACUGUCCGUAAGGAGGGAAGGACAGCACCAUAGCAGUGAUUCAUUGCUCGAUUUAAGAGAAACCAAGCCGGAGCCUCCUCCAAAGGACAGCUCUCGACGAGCACACUCCAGUCACAAUAUGAAUGGCAGCAGCGCUACUAAUUCACAGCCCCCUGUGCUCUCCUUAGACUCACACUCCGUAGGACACUCUAACAGUUUCUUGGAGGUUGUAGAAGCCUCCAUGAACCGACAUCGUGUUGCGUCAUCAGUAGCAAAUAAUGUAUCUGGGCUAACUUAUAACGCACCUCAGUCUUACUCGUCCUCCUCCCUGUCCUCGCAAACAAAGAACGACUCUAGCCACAGCCACUCCAGUGGUACAUCCCAGCAUGGGAUGGGACGGACAUCUAGCCAUUGGCCACAUCAAGGUUCCGCGCCAAAUAACUUGACAACCAAGGGAUAUGACAACAAAGAUGAAAUAGGACAUGGUCAUGGACAACGACAGGAAUCUCGCGUCUCGCAUAAUCAGCCACACCAUAUUCACCAAGGCCAUGCGCAGCAUAGGCAUCAACUUCAGCAUCGACCAAACCAAGCACAUCCCCAACACCAUUCAUUAUCGUCAAUAAGGGAUGGCUUUUAUCGUAUGCAUGGAUCCACGUCGCAACUCGAUUUGACAGAUUCUGGAUUCAAGUCACAUCCAUCUCCAGCACCCUUCCUAAAUGAGCGCCUCCGAUCGUACAGCCAAGGUUCAAUCGCAACUACGUCGUCAAGCACGAGGCAUGAGUAUUUAGGCCCCUCUCGUAGCCCGAAAUCAGCCUUAGUUAAGACACCAAUCGCGCGUGCUAGAUCCAAAGAAGUGCAUGGAGCCCGUAAGGUGAUCUUUGGAGACAUGAUUACAAUCGUGACGAUUGAACGGGCCGAGACACCACCACCACCACCACAAUUAGACAAGAAGGCCAGGAAGAAGCUCCUACAGGCCAAGAAGAAAGCGGCAGGCAAAGGCGGCCAGAUGCAUAAUUUCGAUCCAGAGUACAAUGCCGCGUAUUUCGAUGCACCCUAUACCCCGACGCCUAGUGAGGUCGUCGUCACAAUGGCACCCUGGAUCGGUAAUCCAAAUUAUGAUGAAGAGAAACAAAAUUCUAAAUUUUAUUAUGAUGAUGAAUAUGAUUACGAGGAUUAUGAUGAAGAAUACGAGGCACCAUACGAGUCUGAUAUCCGUCUUGGCCCUGAUGAUGAUGAUGAGGAGGAGGAGGAGGAGGAAGAGGAGGAAGAGGGUGAGGAGAAUGGCACUCGAUCCUGGGGUCACGGGAUUGUUGGUCCAGGCGGAUCAUUGCCGAAGAAGAAGAGUGGCAUGUUCAAGUUUAAGCGGGCGGUCAAUAAACUGCUUCGUAACUAAGAGAGAGCUCCUCUCCCGAGUCAUGAACCACCGUCGCCGCUUGUUUUUAUCAUCUGUGCUUCAUAUUUUUAUAUCCACAUUC